AUGCAGCGAGAGGACAAGAACAGCCCCGAACCAGCGAGGACCGGGGAGACCAUGUUCAGCACGCUGAGGCAGACCUUUGGCGACGACGAGGCCGCCCUGGUGGACGUGCAGACCGUCGCCCCGUUCCGCAAAUGCAGGAGGCCGCUGCGAGCGGCGUGUGACAGGUGCCGUGCCAAAAAGGUUGUACAUGAUAAUACUGUCUCCGCACCGUUCGGCGCCCAAACCGCAAGCUUCAACCGCUGA